AUGAAAGUUAGAUCAGUAGCUGAUGAAAUUGCAUAUUGCUUUCCAUUUCUGACCGCAUUAAAAAAGAGCCGAGGAGGUGAUAAAACGAUUUUCAUUCUGCAAUAUCUUCGUUAUUAUGUAAUGGAGCAACGUUCACAAGGCCUUAAGGGCUACAUAUUGCAGUUUAAUUGCUUCAAUUGGAUGAAAAUGACGUGGAAUUUACCAUUUCUGUUCAAUUCAGCUAAAAACAGUAGCUUUAGUGAGCAGGGUCGGUGUUGUAACAGUUGGUGGAUCGCAUUCGUAUUGACGGCAAAAUGUGCUGAAGAAAAAAUUGGUGAUAAGAGAUACAUGCAAGUAGAGUUUUGA